AUGAAUAAACCGAUUGUCCAUACCUCAUUGUUUUAUCAAUUGCCGUUUGUUGGAAGGCAGUGUGCCAAAUCAAUAAACCAAUUCGAUCAAGUUUUAAAUCAGUGCAUUGCAAACUUAAAAACACAAAGUUAUUAUGUAUUUAACUGCUACAGCUUAUUGAAAUUGCAAACUUAA